AUGAACUUGCGCUGGCGACCGCUAGUGAUCUCAAGUAUGAGGUUUUGUCUGGCUCGACUUCCACUCGAAGCAGAUGCUACAACGCAUACUCAGGAAGCAUCCUCUGCCCCUUUGUUACUUUCGCGACAGGCUCGAUUUCGAGGUCUCCCGCCAACGCUCGGGCCAUAUACUCCCCGAAUUCUUUGCGCGACAUUCCAACCUACAGUUCACGUUUCCGUGGCAUCCUGGAAAUGUUGUUUAUUACCUUGUCGGGAAUACAUUUGCUGGAGCCUUCCCAUCCCUUGUGCAUGUGCAGGCAUCGGACAAGCAGCGCAGAGUGGCCUGAAACGAACAGAAUCAGCCAUGUCUCUCGCCAGUUCUCCUGAUUGUCUCUUUCGACCGGAAGACAAGGCGCUGAAGAUGCUCUUCCCAUCGUCCGCCGACGAGGGCGCUGCCUUUGAUGACUUCUUCAACGAGGACAUGUACAGGCUUGAUGUCAGCGAUGAAGAAAACAAAGAACACUACGCCGACUUCGAAGGCAUCUUCAGAAACGACACUUCGGGCAAAGAUCAAUACGGGCUACCUUCUCUCGAAGCGCCCAACAAGAGCGAAUAUUCUCCUCCUCAACCGUGGCGGCAAGGUGUUUGGUGUCUGCAGCAGAAGCAACAGCCGUCAGGGCUUGUGGUGGAAAAGACACGGAAACCCCAAACAAAGCGACCAGCACAGCUCCAAACAAUGAACCAUGAGAAUUAUAACGAACCACAGUGGUCUGUGGAGGUCGCGUCACCCACUCGGACAAAGCGAUUCGCAACCUCCCCCACCGGUCGGUUGUAUAACCCUAUGUCAAUGCAGCCUGCAGCCUCUCGAGAAGUUACCCUCUCACCAAGUCCGAUGUAUUCCCAACUGCCAAUCUCCCCUGAACCCGGCUCGGUGGACACAGGUGGUUGGCAGCAGGAGUUCCAGAAUUUCCACCUGCGCAUGCCGUACGAGUCUCAGUUGCCACCCACAUCGGCCGCAUUGUCGCCACAUUCAAAGCAAUCGUCGGCCAGAAUGGUCAAUGCCGGGGUCAUGAAUCAUAAUCAGGCAUUGGCUAACCCUGGCUCUGGGUAUCGAGACGACUUUGUGAAUUCACCGGUUCUAUCCGCUAUCGACCCUCUGCUUGCGGACCAUUACGGGGGUGGAUAUCAGGAAUCACAGUCGGCGCACAGUCAAGAGUCCUUGGUAUCCCCGCAGCAGGAUCUCGGCCAUGGUUUGAACGAGUUGCAAUCCCCCAACAGUGGCAGCUUCCCAUCUUCAAACAGUUCGACGCAUUCUCAUGAUGCAAGGAUACACACCUCGAAUACCGAUCUCAGCAAAUACUCGCAAGCCUUGUUUUCACCGCCUUUACUCUCAUCUCAUCCUCCUCUUCCGACGUUGGCGCCGGAAGAGACAUAUCCUGCUUUGGCGGCGCCGAAGCCACAGCGUGCCGCCCAUCAGAUUCUGCACCAGUCCGUGGAAACCGGAUUUACUGGGUUGGGCAUACAGUACCCUGAAUUGGCACAAAUGAACCAGGCAGUUUUCUACGAGCCCUAUGUCCAGCAGCAGGCACCUGCUCCCGUUGGCGUCGCUGUGCCAUAUCCGGCAACAACUAUGCCGCUGCCGAGUCCGAUGACUUCAUGGCCGCCUCUUCCACCGCCGCCGUCCUACGUCUUUUCCGAGUGCUCGCCAUUUACAACACCACGCAAGCAGAGACGUUCGCCCUCUCGGUCGCCGUCGCCUCCAAUCUCGCCGACUAAUAUAAGCCCUCGCCGUAACCCUAGGCGGUCACCGACCAGGAACGUGACAGAGUAUAGUCACAGCCGACGCAAGUCUAUCCAUAAACCCGGUCCUAUCCGAGAUCUGGGCUUACAGGAACCGCUCCCGUCGCCCCGAACAAGGUCAGCUUCGCGUCCUCCACGGACCCCGAAGACACCAAAGACACCCACUGGCGGUACUGUGAUUGAUUUUGUGAACUUCACGCCCAAAGACUCGGCUAAGCUGCUGAGCGAUGUGGCGCCGAGUGGCAGUUCCAAAACAAGAGCUCGGAGGGAAAUGGAGGCGCGGGAGAAGAGGAAGAAGUUGGGCGAGGCAGCCUUGAAGGCGGUGAAAGUGGCGGGAGGAGAUGUGGCGGCGUUUGAGAAAGCCAUCUUUACGUAG